AGGAUUUUGUUCCAAAAUGCUAAAACCCUUGAUCUAACCCUGAAGUCCUCUACCUCCUUUCUUCAUCAACUCCACUCACCUUCUCAUCUCCCACUAUUUUUCUCUCUCUCUCUCUCUCUUCUCAACAAUGGCAAUCUGCGCUCAAUCUCCCUUCAAACCAAUCAAUCUCACACCAUACCCCUCUUCUCUGAACAACAAACCCACUUUCAUCUGCAACCUUUCUCUCUCCUCCCACUCUAAACCUCACCCAACUCUCACCACUGAACCCACCCCAACCCUCACUUCCGUCACAACAUUCGCUCCCGCAACCGUCGCCAACCUCGGCCCUGGCUUCGACUUCCUCGGCUGCGCCGUCGAUGGUCUCGGCGAUUUCGUUUCUCUCUCCGUUGACCCAUCAAUCCACCCAGGUGAACUCUCAAUCUCCUCCAUCUCCGGCAACUUCUCCUCGAAACUAUCAAAAGACCCACUUCUCAAUUGCGCCGGAAUUUCCGCACUCGCCGCCAUGAAACUCCUCAACAUUCGCUCCGUCGGUCUUUCUCUCUCUCUCCAAAAAGGACUUCCUCUCGGCUCCGGGCUCGGCUCGUCGGCGGCUUCUGCAGCCGCCGCCGCCGUAGCUGUGAACUCUCUAUUUGGGUCUCCUCUCUCUCUCCUCGACCUCGUCCACGCUGGACUUGAGUCGGAGUCUAAGGUAUCCGGCUACCACGCCGAUAACAUUGCGCCGGCGAUCAUGGGAGGGUUUGUUUUAAUACGGAGUUACGAACCGUUGGAUUUGAUGAAAUUGGAGUUUCCUGAGAAUAAGGAGUUGUAUUUUGUAUUGGUGAGUCCGGAAUUCGAAGCUCCGACGAAGAAGAUGAGGGCUGCAUUGCCGAAAGAGAUUGGGAUGCCGCACCACGUAUGGAAUUCUAGUCAGGCAGCGGCAUUGGUGGCGGCAGUGUUGAUGGGUGAUGUGGAGGGAUUGGGGAAGGCAUUGUCAGGGGAUAAGAUAGUGGAGCCUACACGGGCACCGUUGAUUCCAGGGAUGGAGGCGGUUAAGAGGGCGGCGAUUGAAGGGGGAGCGUUCGGGUGUACUAUUAGUGGUGCAGGGCCUACAGCUGUGGCGGUGACGGAUAGGGAGGAGGAGGGAAGGAUGAUUGGGGAGAGAAUGGUGGAGGCGUUUCGGAAGGAUGGAGGGUUGAAGGCUGCUGCUGUGGUUCAAAAGCUUGAUAGGGUGGGUGCUAGAGUUGUUAGCAGUGUUCCCAGAUAAAUAAAAGAAAUUUAUGGUCUCAGUGUACAGCUUACCAGUGUCUUUUAUCCCUCUGGGUGGACUGGUUAGAAGAGAAGAUGCCAUAAUGCAAGUCAGCAACUUAUUGAUGUUCCAUCCAUGCUUUAGUUUGGAGAGAAGACUUGUCUAACUUGUGUAUACCUUUCUGUCUUCGAAAAAAUACUGUGUACACUCAAAGUCCCAAGCUGGCGAGCAGAGUUCAAUUUAAGCUUUCAUGAAACCUUUUGUUUUAUGUCCUGUCUAAAUUUUGCUGUGUUAGGGAGAUUUGAGGGACAAUGGGAAGGUAAAGGUUCUCUUGGGGGUUUACAAGUAUAUAAAUUUAAGAAAACCUCCAAAAGCUGUGGUUAAUUGGUA